UAACAAACCAAAGCACUCAUCUUUAUAUCUCAAAACAUAAAAGCCUUUUCCGAAUUGAACAGAAACGUGAGCUUUUGCUGUGUACCUUGUCUUGAUUCUCUUCUUUUUAAACAAAAAUUUGAUUCGGCCAAAACAAGACACGCACCAACAAACCUCUCUCAUCUCAUCAGUGUGUGUAUGUGUUGUGAGAGAGAGAGAGAGUCUACCUGCACUACACGCCUUGAACACCGAGAAUCACACAACACAAGCCAUAUUAUUUCAAAAAACAAGAACCAACAUAAACACUACCUCUCACACUCAUUGGAAGCAAAAACGCAACAAAACCUGCAUACCUCUCUGAAUUGGAACAUGGGUUUUUCUCCCUUGCCGUUUCUGCUCUCUCUCCUGCUCACGUUCUCCGCCGCCGACGAGCUCACGUCGCUGCUGGACCUGAAAGCGAGCCUUGAUCCGGAAAACUUGCAUUUGGGUUCAUGGGUCGUUUCCGGCGACCCCUGCGGCGGCACAUUUGAGGGCGUCGCCUGCAACGAAAAAAAGCAGGUCGCCAACAUUACGCUGCAGGGGAAAGGGCUCGCCGGAAAAUUGUCGCCGGCGGUUGGCGGGCUGCUGCACUUGACGGGUUUGUAUCUGCAUUACAAUUCCUUGUACGGAGAAAUACCAGUGGAGCUGGCUAACUUGACUGAGCUCACCGAUUUGUACCUCAACGUUAAUAAUCUCUCCGGCGAGAUUCCGCCGGAGCUUGGAAACAUGCAAAAUCUACAAGUUUUGCAGCUGUGUUAUAACCAGCUCACAGGGAGUAUACCCACACAGCUGGGUUCUCUGAAGAAGUUGAACGUUCUAGCUCUGCAAUCCAAUUUGCUGAGUGGUGCUAUCCCUGCCAGAUUGGGCAAUUUGGGAGUCUUAAUGAGGCUCGACCUCAGUUUCAAUCGCCUCUUCGGAUCAAUCCCUACCAAACUGGCUGAUGCGCCCUUGCUCGAAGUCUUGGAUGUUCGAAACAACACCCUCUCUGGCAAUGUGCCUCUUGCUCUGAAGAGGCUGGUGGAUGGGUUUCGAUAUGAUAACAAUCCUGGGCUGUGUGGAUCUGGUUUCUCUUCUCUGAGGAGCUGUACUGAUUCGGAUCGUCCCAACUCGGAAAGGCCGGAGCCUUAUGCAGGAGGAGGGGAUGGCCUCUCGACCAAGAAUAUACCAGAGACUGCUGAUCUGAAUUUGAACUGCAGCCAGAGUUCUUGCUCCAAGAAAUCUAAGACCUCGGGGGUCUCGUUGGCUGUUGGUGUAGUGGUAGUUUCUGUUGUUGUAUCAGCUGUUGGCAUUCUGUCGUUUGCACUCUACCGUAGGCGUAAGCAGAGGCUUGGUAGUGCAUUUGAAAUGUCCGAGAGCCAGCUCAGUACUGACCAUGUCAAGGAGGGUUACAGAAAGAAUGGAUCUCCACUUGUCAGCCUUGAGUACUCGAAUGGAUGGGAUCCGUUGGCUGAGGAUCGUCGUUUUGGUGGUUUGCAAGAAGUUAUGCAAAGCUUUAGGCUUAACCUGCAGGAGGUUGAGACAGCUACUCAGUACUUUGCUGAGAAGAAUUUACUGGGAAAGAGUAACUACUCGGUGACGUACAGAGGAACCUUAAGAGAUGGAUCCAUUGUUGCUGUUAAGAGGAUUAUGAAGAGUAGCUGCAAGUCAGAGGAAGCCGAAUUCUUGAAGGGAUUGAACAUCCUCACCUCGUUGAGGCAUGAGAAUUUGGUCAUGCUUAGAGGCUUCUGCUGUUCUAGAGGCCGUGGUGAAUGCUUCCUCGUUUAUGAUUAUAUACCUAAUGGGAGUUUGUUCCGGUAUCUUGAUGUCAAGGAGGGCGACGGCCAUGUUCUUGAAUGGUCUACAAGAGUUUCUAUCAUCAAUGGGAUUGCCAAAGGUAUAGAGUAUUUGCACGGGUGCAAGGUGAGCAAACCGUCUAUGGUUCAUCAGAACAUUUCGGGUAAGAAUGUGCUCAUCAACCAGUGGUCGAAGCCCUUGCUAUCCGACUCGUGCCUGCACAAACUUCUCACUGAUGACACAGUCUUCUCGGCACUCAAAGCUAGCGCAGCUAUGGGGUAUCUUGCUCCCGAGUACACAAACACUGGCCGUUUCACUGAGAAAAGUGAUGUGUACGCUUUUGGGGUGCUUCUCUUCCAGAUCCUGUCUGGGAAGAGGAAAUACGUAACUUCCAUGCGAGCUUCUGCUGAGUCGUGCAGCCUUGACUUCAUAGAUGCAAAUCUCCAAGGGGUGUUCAAAGAAUCCGAAGCUGCAAUGCUUGCAAAUCUUGCUGUCAUGUGCACCCAUGAAUCUCCAGAAGAGAGACCAUCGAUGGAAACAAUUGUACGCGAACUCUGUCACAACUAAAUUAAGUCGCGAUAGCAGAACCUUGGCAUUGCUGAGCAAUUGAAAAUUUACUAGUUUUAGUAUGUGUAGACUUGUACUAACCACUAGAUAGGGAUGAUUAUGCUUGAAUCCUUUUACUAGUUGCAUUUGUUAUAGUCUAGUAUCUUAUGUAGAACAUAGCCCUUAAUUGAUGGAUAUUGGGAGAUUCUCUACUCCACCUUCUUGAAUUUAUGAACAUUUGUACUAUAAGAAGGCUGCUUUUCCCUCAUUAAUUCCAUCAGUUUUCACGUCUCUUUGAUCAA